GAGGAAAGUGAUUUAUGGACAUUGAGUUGACAAGCAGCCGCCGGCAGGGUCAGUGUGGGUUGCUCGUCAGGCAGCUUUAUUGUUUCCUUUGCAGUUAUAACAACCAACAGAAGAAGAAUUACAAGCCAUGGCGCCUACAAUAUAUGAGAGUUCAACAAGAAAAGGUAYUGGCCCUAGCAGACCUUCCCUAGAGGCUGAGCUCAGGGAGCUGUUAGGGAAGAGGAUCAUGAUACUAGAUGGAGGGAUGGGRACCAUGAUCCAGGAGAGGCGAUUGGAGGAGGAACACUUCAGGGGGGAGGAGUUUAAAGACCACACCCACAGCCUGAAGGGCAACAACGACCUGCUGAGCAUCACCCAGAGUGAUGUCAUCUACAAUAUACACAAGGAAUACCUGCUGGCCGGGGCCGACAUCAUCGAGACCAACACGUUCAGUAGCACCUGUAUCGCCCAAGCCGACUACGGGCUGGAACACUUGGCUUAUCGUAUGAACAAAGUGUCAGCGGAGAUCGCCAGGAAAGCAGCAGAUGACGUCACCAACCAGACAGGUUGUAAGAGAUACGUGGCGGGCGCCAUGGGCCCCACCAAUAAAACCCUGUCUGUGUCUCCCUCGGUGGAAAGACCAGACUUCAGGAACGUCACCUUUGAUGAGCUGGCUGAGGCCUACACUGAGCAGGUCCGGGGUCUGUUGGAUGGAGGAGCGGAUAUUAUCAUGGUGGAGACCAUCUUUGACACGGCCAACGCCAAGGCAGCACUGUUUGCUAUCGACAAACUGUUUGAAGAGAGCUACGAACCAAGACCUAUAUUUAUAUCAGGCACCAUCGUGGGACAGGAGUGGUCGUACUCUCUCGGGAGACAGGAGAAAGGCCCUUCGUCAUCAGUGUGUCCCAUGCCACAACCCCUCUG